GGAAGGAAAUCCACUGAUAACCGCAAGUGGGGUUUCGAGUGCUUCCUUACUGCCGCCCCAUUUUUAAAAACUUAAGCUUCGCAGAGUAUCAUAACCGUCUAACUGUAUGCUGAGAGGGAGAAACUGUUGAAUGCGCUAGCCUGGGAAAAGAACAUCAAAGGCGAUACUCGGAACUAAUGCGCAUGCGUAACGGGAGGGAGGGGUGGGAAGUGUUGCUCGGCGAGAGCUAAUUGGGAGCGGCUCGAUUUGGGUCCUGUCGAGAGCGGUGGUGAGGGGCACGCGCGCACGCGCUUGCGAUCGUGGUUGGAAAAGACGCGAGGUGCGCUAUGAGGAACUUGGGUGGGGGGAGGAGAGGAAGUCGGCAGAAGCGGCCUUAGCGCUCUGCCCCGCCCCCCGACCCGGAGGAGACGGAGGAAGUGGGAAACUGAGGGACCCGGGGGUUGGCGGCGGCGUCUUCAGCGUCCACAGGUGAAGAAUCGUUUCCAGUCGAUGAAGUUUUCUUCUCUUCCCGCUCCCUCCGUGUGUCCUUUCUCACAACUUCGGACUACUGAAUCUCUUUUCCCGAAGAAGUGGCUUGUCCCUGGGAAUGAUGUCUAUAGUCUACGGUUCUAAAUAAGUACUGUUGGGACUGGAUUUGAGUAUAGUCAUUUGCCUUUCCAUUGUUUGGCGCAAGUACUCUCUGCUGGGUUUUGGCAUUUGUUAAACAAACAAAUAAACAUCAAACCGGAGGUGCUGAUGGGAAUCGUACUUUAUCUGGGCCUUGCCACGUGUUGAGACAUUAUUAGAAGAAACUAACAAUCAUGUAAUUCUUAAGAUGCUAAAGCUGGAGUGAGAUGCUUGCAAGAAUCAACUCAUUACUUUUAUGUGCCCUACUUGAAGUUUGAUGAUUCUGCACUAAGUCCAGAAACCUGCUAUGAGAACCUGUGCUGUUUUGGCACUGUCUACAGAGUUGUCAAGUUGCAAUUAAGUGCCUUGCCUUUGGAUCAUAACGUAACAAAAACAAAACUGGCUGCAGCAAACCGCUGUUUAUUUAUUCUGUAUUUGUGAUCAUUCUCAAACUACAUUUAAAAAGACAAAAAUGUCGUUCUUUAACUUCCGGAAGAUCUUUAAGUUGGGAGGUGAAAAGAAAAAGAAGCAGUAUGAGCAUGUCAAGAGAGAUCUGAAUCCAGAGGAUUAUUGGGAAAUUAUAGGAGAACUUGGUGAUGGUGCUUUUGGCAAAGUAUUCAAGGCUCAAAACAAAGAAACAAAUGUCCUGGCUGCUGCAAAGGUGAUUGAUACCAAAUCAGAAGAAGAACUUGAAGACUAUAUGGUUGAAAUUGAUAUCCUAGCAUCAUGUGAUCAUCCCAAUAUCGUGAAACUUCUAGAUGCUUUUUAUUAUGAAAAUAAUCUUUGGAUCCUGAUUGAAUUCUGUGCUGGUGGUGCAGUGGAUGCUGUAAUGUUGGAACUUGAGAGGCCGUUAACAGAACCACAGAUCAGGGUAGUUUGCAGGCAGUCUCUUGAAGCACUGCAUUAUCUACAUGAAAAUAAGAUAAUCCACCGGGAUCUAAAAGCUGGCAAUAUUCUUUUCACAUUAGAUGGAGACAUAAAACUAGCCGAUUUUGGUGUGUCUGCUAAAAAUACAAGGACAAUUCAGAGGCGGGAUUCUUUCAUUGGUACCCCAUAUUGGAUGGCUCCUGAAGUGGUAAUGUGUGAGACAUCUAAAGACAGACCUUAUGAUUAUAAGGCUGAUGUUUGGUCUUUAGGCGUUACCUUAAUAGAAAUGGCUGAAAUAGAACCACCUCACCAUGAACUGAACCCUAUGCGUGUUCUGCUGAAAAUUGCCAAGUCUGAACCGCCUUCUUUGGCACAACCUUCAAAAUGGUCAGCUGACUUUAAAGACUUCUUAAAAAAAUGUUUGGAGAAGAAUGUAGAUGCCAGAUGGAGCACUGCUGAACUUCUCCAGCAUCCAUUUGUUACUGUCACUUCCAAUAAACCAAUCCGAGAACUGAUUGCAGAAGCUAAGGCUGAGGUUACAGAAGAAGUUGAAGAUGGAAAGGAUGAAGAUGAAGAGGAAGAAUCUGAAAAUUCUCUGCAGUUACCCACAAAUAAGCGAGCCUCAUCUGACCUCAGUAUUGCUAGCUCAGAAGAGGAUAAGCUUUCACAGAAUACCUGUCUUCUGGAAUCCGUUUGUGAAAAAACAGAACAUGCAUCUUCAGUAGAGACUAGUACUGAUACACCUGUAGAUGAAAAAGUGACAGUUGAGGCCAACAGAAUUAAAAUUGAAAAAUCCAAUGAAAACAUAGCUGAUUAUACUACCCAAGAAAAUACUGAAAAGCUGCAGAAUGGAACCAUUUUACUGGGAGAAGAUGUGGAAGCAAAGGAAAGUAGAGUUCAAAGUACAGUGUUGAUAGAAGAUUUUGUAUUGCAAAAUGAAGGAAAAGAAAUUGAUGCUGUUGUAACUGAAACAAAUAUUGACCCCAAGAAAGAGAAUGACUUUGCAAAUGAACAAAAAAUAACACCUGAACCUGAAAGCAGCAAUGCAGAUUUUAUAGAAGCAAUACCUAAAGAGACUGAGAAGGAAGAAGAAAAAUGUGGUGGUACAGACUUUCAAGGAAAUGAAGCCAGGAAAGAAAUGAAAGUAGAAAGAAUUGAAAAAGUUAAGGAGUUGCAAGACAGCAUAUGUGAAAAAAGUGGCCUGACACAAUCUGAAAUUCAGAUAAGUGAAAUCAUUACUGAUGCUGGUGAGUCUCAGGUGAGAAAUACAGAUUAUUCAAGUGAGGAACUACAGGAGCAAAUAAAAGUGGAUCCCAGCAGUGCUCCAGAGACUGCUGGGAAAUCUUUGAACAGUGAUGUAGAUGAGAUGCUUGAAAGUGUACAGAAGUCAACAGAGAAUAUUGCUGUGGAAGCUCAGGAAAAAGGUUCCUCUGAACCAGUUCCUUUUAAAGAAGGCCAAGUAACUGAUUCUGUUCAGCAGCUAGUUGAGAGAAAUAUGGACAGGGCCACUGAAGUAAAGGAAACAGACAUCGAAGUUUCAACAGGAAUGGAAGACAAGGAGAAGCAGUCUGUAAAAUAUGACAGCUGGCAUACUGAUGAGAAAAGCAAAACUGAGGAAAACAGCAUUGGUCACCAAACUGAAGAAUCUGACCAUAAAUUAGAAAGAGCUGAGGAAAAUCACAAAGCUGACCUUCAGAUAGACACCGAGCUUCCAGUGGUUUCCAGUGACGUAAAGACUGAUACAGUCAUCAGACAGCCAUAUACAAAUGAGUUAUUUCCAGUACCCAAUAUUAGCAUUAGCGAUGUUGAAGAAGUGAAAGAUCAAUUAGGCAUCCAGUGUAGUUUUCAAAACUCACGGCAUCUUGUUCAUGAAAACUCUAAAGAAAAUGAUACUGAUUCAGGCACUGGUUCUACAGCUGACAACAGCAGCAUUGAUUUGAACUUGUCCAUUUCCAGCUUCCUUACUAAAAACAAGGAUAGUGGCUCAAUGUCUUUACAAGAAACUAAAAGACACAAGAAAACUUUAAAGAAAACACGCAAAUUUGUUGUUGAUGGAGUAGAAGUAAGUGUGACUACUUCUAAAAUAGUCUCUGACAGUGAUUCUAAAAGUGAAGAAUUGCGGUAUCUUCGGCGGCAAGAAUUACGGGAAUUACGACUUCUUCAAAAAGAAGAGCAGCGAGCUCAACAGCAGCUCAGUAAUAAACUGUUACAACAACGAGAACAGCUGUUCAGGCGCUUUGAACAGGAAAUGACAAGUAAGAAGCGGCACUAUGACCAAGAAAUUGAAAACCUUGAAAAACAGCAGAAACAGACAAUAGAACGCUUAGAACAGGAACAUACAAAUCGCUUACGUGAUGAAGCAAAACGCAUAAAAGCAGAACAGGAGAAAGAGCUGACCAAGUUCCAGAACAUGUUGAAAAACAAAAAAAAAGAGGUUUUUAAUGAAGUGGAGAAAGCACCAAAAGAGCUGAGAAAAGAGCUCAUGAAACGCAAGAAAGAGGAGCUUACCCAAUCCCAGCAUGCUCAGGAACAAGAGUUUGUGCAGAAGCAGCAACAAGAACUGGAUGCAUCACUAAAGAAAAUAAUUCAACAGCAAAAAACUGAGCUAGCCACUAUUGAACGGGACUGUCUUAAUAACAAGCAACAACUCAUGAGAGCCCGUGAAGCUGCAAUAUGGGAGCUUGAAGAGAGACACUUGCAGGAAAAACACCAACUGCUCAAACAGCAACUGAAAGAUCAGUAUUUCAUGCAGAGACACCAGCUGCUUAAACGUCAUGAAAAAGAAACAGAACAAAUGCAAAGAUAUAACCAGAGGCUUGUUGAGGAGCUAAAAAGCAAGCAAACCCAGGAAAAAGUCAGACUGCCCAAAAUCCAACGCAGUGAAGCAAAAACUAGAAUGGCAAUGUUCAAAAAAAGUCUAAGGAUUAACUCAUCAAGCACUCCAGAACAGGAUCGUGAGAAGAUUAAGCAGUUUGCUGUUCAAGAAGAAAAGAGGCAUAAAAAUGAAAGACUGGCUCAGCAUCAGAAGCAUGAAAAUCAAAUGCGGGACCUCCAACUGCAAUGUGAAGCCAACAUUAGAGAAUUGCACCAGCUACAGAAUGAAAAAUGCCAUCUACUGGUUGAACAUGAGACUCAAAAAUUAAAAGAGCUGGAUGAAGAACACAGCCAAGAAUUAAAAGAAUGGCGAGAGAAACUGAGACCCAGGAAAAAGACGUUAGAAGAAGAAUUUGCUCGGAAGCUUCAAGAACAGGAGGUUUUCUUUAAAAUGUCUGGAGAAUCUGAGUGCCUUAAUCCAUCAACACAAAGUCGGAUUUCUAAAUUCUAUCCAAUCCCUAGCCUGCACUCCACUGGAUCAUGAAUCCAGGAACCUCUGCAGGGUUUUGUAGGGUUUCUUCUGUGGUAUUUUAAGUUUCCAUCUUCAGCUUCUGCAGUGAUGAAAUCUGCAUCCAAGGACCUUUAUCCACUUUCAGUGGAGAUAGUUGAUGGUGUAAUUUUUUUUCUUGUUUGUUUUUAUGCUGGGAGACUAUCUAACAUAGAAGCACAGAUGCUGGUCUUGAAUUGUGACAUGGGAUCUUUCCUGUAGUUUAAGAAUAGAUAGCCUUUAGAAAACUGGUCUCAAAGAUGUGGUAUCCAACUAUGUUGGUGUUGAAAAAUCAUCCUAAAUUAUUAGUGAUAAACUGUAAUACCCCAACAAUAAAUGAAUAUAAAGGAUUCUUAGGCUAGCAUACUACUGUUAAUUUUAAUCAGAUCUUCAUUAUGCCCAUUACUUUGUGUGUGAAUUGGUUGCCUCAUUAUAUUCAGUGCCUGAAACCCUUGAACAUGUUGGGUAUUAUUAUUAUUAUUUUUUGCAAGAGGGUCAUAUUUCUUUGUUGUUACAGAAACCCAUUUUAGUGUUAUUAAUAUAUCUGGAAGAGAAAUGCUUGCUUCCUCUUCUGUCAGAUCCUUAUCCUAUAAUAUUUUGUACCUAAAUAUAUAAAAACUAAUUCUGCCAAUAUUAAAAGGCACGGUACAGUGUUUUUUUCUUCUUCCCUAUUUCAGGCUACUUGUUGUCUGCAAACUGAAAUGAAACAGCAGAAUUGAUUUAUCAAAAUAAAGUGUGCAUAAUUUACCUAUUCUUGAUCCUACUUUAUAGAAUGUGGACUGAAUUAGUUGUUAGAUUCUCUUCUAAUGAAAUCCAGUAGUUCAGUGCUCUAGAGCAGAAAAUUAUCAAAAAUGCUUAAAUCAGUGCUGACAUAUCUGGAGCAAGGGGUGCAGUUUCACAGGUAGCAAUUUCAAAACAUUAAUUGAUUUAUAGAUGGGUUUAAGUUAAAUUAUAGACACAUAGCUUAAACUGAUUCAUGGUUUGGCUAUGGUAUGACUAAAAUGUUAAAAUUUUAUUUCAGACAUUCGUUGUACUGUAACUUAUUUGUUGUUGGGGUGGGAUGGAAAUAUUUAUCACACUGUUGACAGGGGAUGUAACUGCAUUUGAUAAAAACUGCAGCCUUUGAGGUAUCUGAUUUGAGUCAUAUCAAAUACAGUAUUGUAACUGUGUUUUUGGUAUGCCGAAUUUGUAAUAUAAAUAUCGGUUACUUCUCCUUUGAGGCCUAAUCUUUUAGUAGAUAUGAUGAUGAUAUGUAAGUUUUCACAUUUUGUGAUCUCCAUUAAAUGCAAAAAUAGUUGUUUCUUUAAAACAAUAUUAUGUCAGCAACAUUCCUGCAUGUGAAGGAAAUGGAUCAUAAAAUUAAAUAGUCCUUUUAUCAGGUUUGGCCAAUGGUAGGGUUAUAAAACACAAGUACUGAACUUCAUAUUAUCCGGUCAGGUUGUUUAAUGGUGAUAGUAUAGUAACUAUAGUUUUUUUGACCAUGCAUGUUUUAAGUUGCAUUUUGUUUUUCCUAAAUUAUAGUUUACUUAAAAAUACUACUUAGCUAGCCUUUAAUAUCUUGCAUUUCAUUUUAUCAGUACCUAUUGUGUAGCAGGUUGCAAAUUCACAAUGUUCAUCACUAAAAAUGUUGCAUUUUGUUGUAUACAACGUUCUGAUAUUUGUUUAUCUCAAAUAGCUUAGAUAGGAUGAAAAACUAUUCAAAAGCUUUUACUUUUUUUAACUGCAUCUUUACAAAGUAACCAGUAUUGAUUAUAACAUUAAAUACUAUUGUCUGUCUAACAAACAGAUAAUCUGUUUACAAAUCUCAA